CUAUGACAGAAAAUUUGCCUCACUGCAUUUUUGUCUCUUCCCCAUGGCAAAAGAAAUUCCAACAAAAUGUGGGGGGCUUCCUCGAAAAUUGCGGGGGGCUCCGCGAAACUGUGCUACGACACUGGAGAGGCAUGGCUUGAUUUGGUGGUGGAUUUGAGCCCAGCGGGACUGAAACGGACUAGGAUUUCUGUGGGGCUUUACUUCAGCGUCUUUUGAUGAAUUUUAUGAUGCUAUAAAAUCUCAGUUUAGUCAUUGGAAGCAGUGCAAUUGUGUCUUGUACUGUAAAUGUCUGUGAUUGUGUAUGGAAGCAACUAAGUGAUACUAUUACAGUACUAUUACACUAGAGAGUAGCUUUGACGUGUGUUUUUUUAGAUGACCGAAAUAUGGGAGAUUUCAUAGAUUUAUAGAAGGAAAUAAUCACAAGCACAACUGUAUUAGAGGAGUACAGUCCUCUCCUUGGCCAGAUGUUGGGAAUGUUGAACACAGUUUAGGAUUAUUGACCGACAUGUCCUCAGAACUGAUCCAAGGUCAUCAGGUUGAAGAAGCAUGAUUGCUGCUUCAUGCUUUUGAUUGCAGCGUUGUUGUUUCUGUUGUUAUUCACCACCACGUGUAUCAGGAUCUACUACAAAAUGGAUCAAUGGAUGUAAUGGAUCAAGAAAGUUCUAGAGGUGCAGCUGAGAAAUGAUGUCUUCUGAACUAAAAUAUAAACACAACAUGCAACAAUUUCAUAGAUUUUACUGAGUUAUAGUUCAUAUAAGGAAAUCAGUCAACUCACUCUUCAAUGGCUGGAAGUUGCUGGAUAGUGGCGGGAACUGUAACACACUGCCAUACAAAUCGAUCCAGAGCAUCCCAAACAUGCUCAACGGUUGACAUGUCUGAGUAUGCAGGCCAUGGAAGAACUGGGACAUUUUCAGAUUCCAGGAAUUGUGUACAGAUCCUUGCGUCAUGGGGCCGUGUCUUAUCAUGCUGAAACAUGAGGUGAUGGUGGCGGAUGAAUGGCACGACAAUGGGCCUCAGGAUCUUGUCAUGCUAUCUCUGUGCAUUCAAACUGCCAUUGAUAAAAUGUACUUGUGUUCCUUGUCCGUAGUUUAUGCCUGCCAUACGCUAACCCCACCGCCGCCAUGGGCACUCUGUUCACAACGUUGACAUCAGCAAACUGCUUGCCACAUGAUGCCAUACACGUUGUCUACAUCUGCCUGGUAGAGUUGAAACCGGGAUUUACCUGUGAAGAGCACCCUUCUCCAGCGUGACAGUGGCAAUCAAAGGUGAGCAUUUGCCCGCUGAAGCUGGUUACAACGCCGAAUUGCAGUCAGGUGAGGAUGAGGAGCACGCAGAUGAGCUUCCCUGAGACGGUUUCUGACAGUUUGUGCAGAAAUGCUUCACUUCUGCAAACCCACAUUUUCAUCAGCUGUCUGGGUGGCUGGUGAAGAACCCGGAUGUGAAAGUCCUAGGCUAGCGUGGUUAGACGUGGUCUGCGGUUGUGAGGCCGGUUGGAUGUACUGCCAAAUUCUCUAAAACGACGUUGGAGGCGGCUUAUAGUAGAGAAAUGAACAUUCAAUUAUCUGGCAACAGCUCUGGUGGGCUUUGCUGCAGUCAGCAAGCCAAUUCCACGCAGUCUACAGUGUCCCUGAUUGUGUGUGUGUGUGUGUGUGUGUGUGUGUGUGUGUGUGUGUGUGUGUGUGUGUGUGUGUGUGUGUGUGUGUGUGUGUGUGUGUGUGUGUGUGUGUGUGUGUGUGUCCAGGAGGGUUCUAUGGACAGUCUAUAUGAGGCUGUGCAGGACUCCAGUGAUGCCCAGGUCUACACCAUCCCCAGCCGUUCCUCCAGCCGCUCCUGUAGCCUUGCCAUGCUGCUAGAUGAAAACCCCAAGUUGCGUGGCUCGGGACGAUCCAUUUCCAUGGAGAUCUCCCAAAUGCAGACCAACAACACCAAAAAAAUGAAAAGAAUAACACAUGUAUCCAAAUCAGCACCAGAAAACAGAACUUUAGAUCAAGCCUCUGCCGUCUGCAAUAGUGCUCUCUGGCUGCCAGCCAAAAUCCCCCCAGAAGAAGAUUUAGAUUUAGGCCACAUCAAGAACAAUCAAAAUGAAGAGAUGAUCAAGCCCAUGGUCAGAACUGAGAUCCAGGCCAAAGCCACGAUCAGAACCGAUGUCAAGACCAAAAAGGGAAGAGGAGGACGCAAGUCGAGCAUAAAGAAGAAUGAAAAGUCACCAACCCCUCCAAUACCACCAACUCAGGUGGUGAGUUAUGAGGGAUGGGCUCAGAACGCAGAUCUGCCCAACAGCAGGCAGAGAGACCUGAUUGUCCAUGCCAACGGGGAAGUGGCCAAGCCCAGAGUUCCCAUCAAAAAGAGUCAAAAGCCUGGAAGUCAGAAGACUGGGAAGAAAGGGAGUGCAAAAAAUGGAAAAGAAGGAGCCAAGAAAAAUCAGGACACCUCAAGGAAUAAGGAACUCAGAAAAUUGACCACAGACAAUGACACUUAUGGGCCCAUCCCAGUGAAAGCGGGACCCUAUCUGGAUGUGGUCCGGAGGUCAGCUCCUGUUUGUAAGUCUGUACUAACAUCAGCCCAGGAGAAUUCUACCCUAGCCCCGGUGGCCAUGGAGCUGAGGACCGGGCCUGGAGGCCCUGGAGCUCCUCCCAGGAACCAGCGCUGGAGUAACCCAGCCGAGAACGCUCCAGAUUGGGGGACCUCCUACCACAUCUGCCGCAGGCCCAUCACAGAGUACCCCGUUUAUACCCAUGACUACACCCUGCCCCGGGCCAAGGCCUGGGACAAGCACCAGGGGCUGGCCCAAGAUGCGAGCCUGAAACGGGACCCCUCGCCCCAGGGUGUCCCCCUCUCUGUUACUGAUGUGAAACUAUGCGACCGCAAUGUGAGUUAA